GUUUGCUCGGUUAUUCAGCACGAUUUCUUACUUGACAUCAUGUACAUGGUUCGAGGGCGAACGGAAAAUAUGGCCGCCAUUUCUAAACAUAGUUACGUCGAAUAAGCGCUGUUUGGAGACACAACCAAACAGCUCUUGGCUCGAUAUUCUAUUUUAGUGAUCGUAACGUGCUUUAGAACCAUAAAUCGCUUCGAAUUGACGAGAGACCGCGGUUUGAACGCUAGGAAAAGAACACACAGACAUAGACGACUGGAAUGGCGACGCGUUGAUUUGUUAUCGUAGACGAAAAUAUGAGUACAGCCAAGAGAAAGAAGCGAAGCUCGAGCCUCAAAGGCUCCUUGAAUCCAUCUAAACGGCACCGUGACCGUUUUAACAUUGAGCUGGACAACCUAGCAAAACUCCUGCCAUUUCCCCAUGAUGUGAUCCAGAAAUUAGAUAAACUGUCCAUUCUGAGAUUGUCUGCCAGCUACCUCAGAGCAAAAAACUUCUUCAAAGGCCAGCAAUGGACAGAGGAAAACAAAGUUGGCAAACUUUCUGAUGGACCACCAGAUUUUGAAGGCAAUGGAAUAUUUUCUAAGCUUUUACUAGAUGCUUUGGAUGGUUUUGUCAUUGUGUUGACAAGAGAGUUUGAAGUAUUUUAUGCAUCUGAAACUGUUCAAGAUUAUCUUGGCCUAGCACAGGCAAGUGUCAUACACCAGGACUUUUUAAGAUUUAUCCAUGUUGAUGAUCACGAUCUCAUUAGAAAAAAUCUUCUCCCUUUCCCUGAAGAUGAAGAAGAACAGAAAAUAAGAAUUCUUGAUGAAGAAAAUGAUGGGAUUGCUUCUGAGACUGGCAGCACAUGCAGCUCAGCAGAUGAACAAGGCAAGGAUGUGGAGACAGAGAGGUCUUUUGUUUGCAGAAUGAAAUGUAUUCUAAACACUAGUGCUGGCUUUUUCAAGCCAUUCAGAUGCAGUGGACGUUUACGUGAAAUGACUCUUCCUGACUGUGAAAGAAGAGAGUAUGGGCUGUUUAUGAUUUGCACUCCUCUGGAAACAGUGUCAUCAUCAGUGCUUGAAAUAAGAUUAAAAACAUCGCUGUUCUGCACCAAGAACAGAAUGGAUUUAAGUUUCAUGGAUAUUGACCAAAAAGGCCGAUCACUUCUUGGUUAUCAUAAGAGAGACAUUGCCUUGCAAUCAAGUUACUGUAUGAUCCAUUUCGAUGAUAUUCCAGUCCUGAAGACACUUCAUGGUGACUUGAUGAGCACUGGGAAAUGUCAAGGGACCUUCCGUAUGCUGAAUAAAAACUUAAAGUGGCAAUGGCUUACUGGCACUGCACAGGUUGUGUUCAAAGGAAGUGAGCCUGAUUUCAUUAUUACAACAAACAGGCCCUUGAGUGAAGAGGAAGGUGAAGAAAUUUUACGACAGAGGGGGGAGUUUCCUGCCUUGCCUUUCACAGCAAGUGAUAGUGGCUCACCAAGUCCUCGUAGUCCUAGAAGUCCGGGUAGCAUUAGUAAUUACAGCAAUGGUGGCAGCCCCCUAGGCGUUCCAUGGGGAGACUUCUCUGCCACCUCUGACUUCAAAUACCCACCUAUGCCUGCGUCACAUAAGUAUUCUUCUACCAAUGGUAGAAUAAAAAGAAAUCGGAAUGUUCCUGAUGGAUUUGUGAAAUCUCCUGCUAGUGGCUCGGCUCCUAAUCCCAUGCUUCAAGAAGGUGACUUGAAUUCGCCGCUGCUGCAGCAGCAUCCGUCGUCCCCAUUUCUUGCUGAUGCUCUUUUGAGUUCCGCUACCUCUUGUACUUCUACACCUAUGACUCCCGAGGAGCCUGAGCUCUUCGACCUGGGUGUAGACAUACAAGCGGAACUUGAAAAAGACGCUCCUGAACUCAGUGAUUUCAUGCUUCUUGACCCACAAGAUUUAACCUUAGAAGACCUUCAUCUUGAGCCACUUGACAACACUGGUGGUGGAGGCGAUCUACUUCAAGGGAUGGAUCCACCUACCUACGAGGAAGCACUGUUACUUGCAACAGAUUGUCUUUCUAUUGCAUGUAAUAGUGACAGCAAUAAUUUGACAAGUCCUGAUGGAAGCCAACCUUCAUUAUCUCAAUCUCCUCCAAAGAAUCUGGAGCAUUUUUCUCCUAAAGCUCAAAUGGCCCCAUCACCAUAUCCAUCGCCAGCUGGUCACCCUUCGCCUCACAUGUCGCCAGGUGGCUUACCAACCCCGGACCCCUCCCCUGUUGGGCACUGUAAUCCUGCACCAGCAAGAGUCAAUAUUUCCUGGCAGGGGAUGGGUCAGAUGAAAGUAUCUAAGCCUCCACAAGCCCCUCCUCCUCAAAUGCAGUCAAAGUCAGCUCUGAUUUCCACAACAAUUAAGAAGAAAGAAAGACAUGAAAUGUAUGGUUCCAGCUGCAUAACAGGUCAGCAGCACCCAAACCCUAUGGUGAGUCCCAGAGGCAUGCAGCAUGGUGUACAAGGAAACUGGAUGCACCAGAAUCACCAGAAUCAAGUCCAGCAGGCUCCAAGGAACAUCCAACAACCACAACAGCAACAACAACACCAAUAUCCAGAUUGGAAAAUGCAACAGCAUACAAUCCAGCAAAGUGCGAUGCAAAAUUUCGCUGGGCAAAGAACUGCAACGGUCAUGGGCACAGAAAAUGCAGUUUACGCAACAAACAUGCAAGGUGGAAAAUGGGACUUGAAUGUCCCCCCUUUGUUCGAGGACACUCUACCAACUCUUGAGUAUGAUGGAGGCCUAGGAUAUAUGAAGACUGCAUCACAGCAGAACAUGGUCGGCACAGGUCACUUACAACACCAUGGAUGGGAUCCCCAAGUAGACAUUUUAUCCCCACCAUAUCAAGAGGACUACCACUCAGGCUUUGGAUUUCAAGGAAAUCCACUUCCAGCAAAUUCCCAAGGUCAAACAACGCUGGGUUGGGGAUGAGAAACCGGUUUCAAAAGCUAGUAUUACAAAAAUACUUCUGGCCCUCCCUCCAGGGGAUAGGGUAGAUUGACAGUCUUCAAAAUGUACACUAAGAAAUGAUCCUGGGUAAUUCACAGUUUGUACUGGCUGACUUCAGAACCUUUAGGUUUUGCUAAGAAUACCUUGCAGAAUGUCGCAGUUUUCUGUUCAAUGACUACUCAACAGCAUGUCAUCUAAUAUUUUAAGACAAAGGCAGGUAUUAACACACAGAAAGAGUUUUGCUCUGGGUUGUGGGUCAAAGUGCUGUCUUGCGUAUUGAGGAAUUUUGGUUUUCACAAUUGCUUCCAGUUUGAUGAAGUUUAUCAGCUGUUCUCAAAUAUGUUUAGAAUAUAUUCAUUGUAUUACAUUUGAGCACAUCAUUGUGCUUAUCAGGUAGUUAGAAUUCCUUGGUGAUAUCUGUAUAUUUCUGUUGGACAGCAGUGUUUAUGGUGAAGGUCAGAAAUAGGAAAAAAGGACAAGUGUAUAAAUUUGAUUGUAUUAGAUACGAGUAUGAGUACAUCAUGAGUCGCAUGAUCAUCAAGGCUGAUCUCUACACAGUUUACCUUGAUUGCAGUAUCUUGGCAAAGGCUUGGACCAAAUACAGAAAAAUUUGAUAAACGUUUGAUUUAUUUCCUUUCGAACCACCUAUAAAUUGGGGCAGUAAACUAGUGACUGAAAUCUUGGGGCUUAUGAAGUAAACCUGAGGUUUCAGCUCGUGAAAUGAGUCAAGAAGUUCGUACCUUUUAUUUUUAUCUUUUUCAUUCUUCCAUUUGCGUACUAUUUUCCUUGUUAUUUUACUCAAGGAAACUCAUCCAGUUUAUACAUUUUUCCCCUAAACCCUUUAACUCCCAGAAGUGAUUAACAGGUAACUUCUCCCUAUAAAAUCCAUACAUUAUUCAGCAAAAAUGUAAUGAGAAUACCCAAACUUAUGAGGUUGGAGUUUUUAUCUUGAUGUAAGCCUAAAUUCUUGUAACUAAUUGGCAAGGAAAUGGGUAGCAGCUAGAGAGGAGAAUAACAAUCAGGUCUUGGGAGUUAAAAGGGUUGAUACAGAAGUAGAGAGCAGUUACCUAAGUAGAACAAGAAAUAAUUUGAAACUACUUUGCAAUCAAGACAUUUUUACUCAGAUUACAGUUUGUUCACAACUAUUUACUUUUCUAUGUUAUAUAUUUAUGGAUGUUUAUAGACUUAAUAAAGAUUUUCUCCCUUAGUUUCAAAGGGGGAAGAUGUCUUUUUGCUAAAUUUUUCUAUUCAUUUUUCCAAUAAUUUCAACUGUACACUUUUUGUAUAUACAAAGGUACAUCCUUCUUGCUCUCAUUGCCUUACAAACUGUGAUCAGACAAAUUUAUUCAGUGUCAGGGUUAUUUUUGUGUAAAUACUCUCAGAGAAUUGUCAAUAGGGUUUACAGACUUUUUUCGUUUGUUUAUGUAAUCACCUGCCAGGUGAGAUGAUUGUAACAAAGUGAUUGUAGCAAAAACUGAAAUAAAUGUGCAUAUGAUCUUAAAGUAGAUUAACUUAUGUUAACUAGCGAUGGAUGUGGUGAUUUUUUUUGUUCCAUUCAAGGCUAUUGUUUUGCCAAAACCAAGCUCUUAAAAUGGAAGAGAUUAGAAUAAAGGUCACCCUGUUUUUUGUUUUGUUUUAAAUCUUUACAGAAAAGGCUGGUAGCCUUUGAUGACACAUCCUGCAAAUUUACAUAGAGGCGAUGAGAAAGCUUAAUUCAAAGGCUUUUAUCCAAUGGAAUCUGAGGAAAUUUAAAACUGUAAACCUUACCACACUGUAAACAGCGAAGCCUAAACGAUCUUUUUAAGAGCUUGGGUUUGAGCAAGAGAGAAUUUCUAUCACCCGUCACUAUAUUUUUUAAUUGGCUGUAAAAUGCUAGUAAGGCCGAGUGAUACAAUCAGGCUAAAAAUUGUAGACUUACUAGUAGGUCUUAAAUUUUAGGUAUUAGCUUAGUAGAGUAUAUUUCAUGUAGAUUACUAUAUAGUAUGAUCAGAUGGGUUAUGUGUCAAUAUGCUAUUAAAUGUUGCCAAUAAACAGCACUUCAAAACGUGGUUGAA